GUGCUGGAGGUCCGUGUUUACAGCUUGCUCGCACUCUCCACCCGGCGGACGGCGGCGAGCGCGCUCACUCUUUUCUCGCAAGUCAUCUUUGGGUGCCACCGGAGCCGAGGACGUCCCCGCCACCCCUCCAUCGGUACCGCCUCGGCAGGGCUGUAGGAGCCGGUCUUCGCCAUCAUGUGCGACUGUUUCCACCUGGCCUUCCCGAACUGGCACGCCGCUCCUUCAGGGACAGGAACUCGCCGCAGGCUGAGAGGACCAGAACUCCCCUCAGAGGACCAUUCAGCAUGUGACGAGCCAUCACAUUUCAACGAGGGAGAGAGACCGCGCCCUCAAGGAUCGUCUCCUGUUGAAGAACAUCCAGAAAAUGAGAAAUACAGCGACAGUGACAAAGAGUGUGAGCAUGAGCCACACCAGAAGGGAGGGAGAGGAAAGAAGACUAAAAAGUCUGGCUUUGGGUGUGGAUUUGACCGCCGCUCAACACCAAAGAUGAGCAAACUGAAGGAAGCGUACAGCCCAGAGUCGGGAGUGAUAGUGAAAACAGCUAAUGAUGGUUGUGCGGAAGGUCUUGUCUAUGGCGGGGGAGGAAAAGAAGGAAUCUUCAUUAAGGAAGUAGUACCAGAGUCACCUGCCUAUAAAAAUCUACAAUUGAAAGAAGGUGAUCAGAUUCUGAGCGCCACCGUUUAUUUUGACAAUGUGUCAUAUCAGGACGCCAUUCAGAUAAUGGAGCAUGCUCAAGGUUACAAAAUGAAGCUCUGCUUAAAGAGGAAACCAGACAUCACCGACACUGAACCCACGGCUGAAUGUGACAUCAUCCCUGAGGAUGAAACCUUUACUCCAGAGAUGAGAGAGCAUGGGAAAACCAGAAGGCGAGGUGAUGCUCGUAUUUCUUGGCCCAAAUUUCCUUCUUUAGGGAGAGGACGAAAAUCCCGCUUUGCAAGAUCUCACAGUUCGUCAGAGGCUGACGAGCAGAGAAAGUUGGAGUUGAGUCCCACAACCAGCGACACAGAGUCCCCAAUAAAAUCUCAGGAGGCCCUUAAAAGCAAAAAACGGCAUAAGAUGAAGCUUCCAUCUCUAACAAAGAGAGGUCGCAUUAGUUCAUCAGAAGAGCAGGACACGGACGCACCAACAGUAACUGAAAGUCACCAAGCACAAGAUGAUGUAAAACUGGUUUCACCGGAAAGCCUUCAAAGCCCUUUGGGAGGAAGACCUAAAGUCCAUGGGACAGAGGAUUUGACUCUGACAGAAGACUGCGAAGAACGAAAAUUGUCUAAACCACAAACUGUUCAACACAAGGUGGAGCUCUUUGCUAUAGACAGCACUUUGAAAACAACAGAUAUAACAAUGGCUGUGGCAGGUCAAGAUAGCCCGUCUGGACCCCAGUCUCCGGACGGUAAGAAGAAAAAGAAAGAAAGAUCAGAAUUUAAAACAAAAAUGUUAGGGAAGGACAAAUCACAAAAGAAGGAGACAAAAGCAAAAUCACCCAAAAGGCUAAAAACACUUGGUGCAAGUUUAGAAAGACCAGAUAAAGCCAUUGUUAAGGGGGAAUUGCCAGAUGAAGUGGCCAAUAUUCAAAUAAUUACCAGUGAGAGGAUUGAAGAAACAUCACCUCUCAAAAUCAAAGGAAAAACUAAUAAAAGAACAGUCCUUCCGAAGCGUGAAGACAUUGAGAUUCCCGGUAUGGAGGCUGUGUUGAUAAGGACCAAAGCCAAAGGACCUCAUGAAGAGACCCCAGAAAUUGUCCAACUGUCAAUUGAUGUGGACAGAGUAAAAGAGGCAGUUUCAAAGUUGCCUGGAUAUAAACUGCCAAAGGUUGAUAUGUGUGGAGUACCUAUCCCUGAAGAAAUUACUGUCAUUGAUGCAAAUGCACAAAGAAUAUCAGUAAAAACCCCCACAAAAGUUGCUGACAGCAAAACAAAACAGGAGGCACCAAUCAGUAAGUUGGAGGUCACUCCUUCUCAAGAACUAUCCACGGAUUCAUACACACUACCAAAGACCAAACUGGGUGAUUUAACAUCAGAAGAAGUCCUAAGUGUGACAACGGUGGACCAAAGCGACACACAAAGCUCAAAAGAUUCUGACAAGAAAUCAAAGACAGCAAAAAUAGUAUUGCCAAGCAUUGGGUUUUCAAAGUCUGACUUUAGAAUUCCUGAAAUUGGAAUGUAUUUGCCAAAACCAAAUAUUUCUGGCCAAAAUGGUGACAAGGUUAAAGAAGAAAAAACUGUUUUCCUACAAGAAAAGUUGUUCAAAACUGCGGUAAGUGAAGACAGCAUACUAAGUUGGGAGACCAAAGCAGAUGUCAAAAAGCAAGAAGCUGAAACCUCUGCUGCAGAACUUUCAGGUGAACUUGGAGACACUGGUGAGGGUUUUGCAUACAUUGAUUCAGUUGACUCACCAGUCGAGAAAGAUCUUGAAGAAAAAGGAAAGCCAUUUAAAAUGCUAAAAUUUGAAAUAUCCCUGCCAAAAUUAAGAAGCCCUGAAAUUGAAUUAGGCUUGUCAAAGAAAGAAGUCAAAUCACCUGAUGCUAAAUCUGCAUACACAAAUAUUCCAGAAGAGAAGUCGUUAGUUGGCAUUGCAGGGUCGCCGUUAGAAAGUGAAGUGGAAGUAAAAGGAAGGCAGUUUAAAAUGCCUAAUCUUGAUUUCACAAUGCCUGAAAUCACUGGGCCACAAAUCAAUGUUGGCUUUCUCAAGAAAAAUGUGUAUGUGAAAGCGCCAGAAUCUGAAUCUCAGGCUGCAAGUCUUGAAACAGCACAUGCAUCACCACUGCAAGACAAAAAACCUGAACCAGAAAUGUUACACCCUUAUUCCGGUGUUGAACAAGAAAGCAAAGUUGAGCUUUCAACUUUGAAUGUAAAAGGCCCUGAUAUUAACUUAUGCUUUGCUGACGAAGGUGAAUAUGCCACUAUUGCAGAGCCCAAGCUCAUAGUUAAGCUCCCUGAUGUGAAUCUUGAAAAAGCAUCCGUUUUAAUUCAGGAGGAAAAUCCUGACACCAGUGAGGCUAAAGCUGACGCUCAAGUGAAACUUCGAGCAGCGCCAUCGACUCCGAUGAAAAUUAAACCACCCGAAUAUGAAGCAGAAUAUGACGAACAAGGAAUAAAGUUCAAAAUGCCGAAGUUAGGAAUAAAAAUGCCAAAAAUUAAACAUCCAGAAACUGAAAUUGAACCCAAGAAAAAAUUAAAUGAUUUGAGUCUUAAAUCAAGUGUUAAGAUCAAGCACCCAGAUGUACUUGAAGCUGAACUUGGAAAAGUGAAUAUCCGCAUUUCAGAGGCAAAAGUAAAAGUUCAAGAACCCGAACUAGAGCUUAAACCUUUGUAUAAGGAAGGUGGACUUGAAGGAAAAGGAAGCAAAUUCAAAAUGCCAAAAUUUGAAGUCUCAAUGCCAAAACUAAAGGCACCGGAAAUUGAUCUAAAUAUCACAAACAAAGAUAUGACUGCACCAGGUAAAAAAGCUGAAAUAAAACUUCCUGAUGCGGAACUAAAAGAGACUAUUAAAGACAAUGUUCACCUUCAUCAAGUUAAAUUAAAACAAUCCUCAGGCACAAUAGACAUAAAAGAUUACGAAACUAACAUUGAACCAAGUAAUCUUGAGGGUUCACCGUCAAAAUUUAAACUCCCAACAUUUAAAAUACCCAAACUCGGUGUGGCCUUGCCAGACGUCAGUGUUGGAGUACAUGAUACGAACAAAGACAUGAAGGUGGAUGAAGACGAUGUAAAAUCAAAAGAAUUAAAUAUUGAAGCCACACUACCUGAGGCUGCUAUUGACUUUGAUGUCAAAAUGAAAAGGUCCAAAUUUUCAUACCCCAAAUUCUCAUUUGCAAAGCAAAGUAACAAAGAAUCGGAAGUUGAUAUUGAUCUCCCAGACGUUGAUAUUUGUAUUCCAGAGGAAAGUUUGGAGAAAAGACACCCACAACUGGAAAUUUACCCACCAAAAGCUGAUGUCAAAAUAGGUGGCCAAGAGGGCAUGUUUAAAAUGCCAAAGUUUGAAAUUUCAAUGCCAAAAAUUAAAAGUCCUGACAUUGAUAUAAGCUUAUCAAAGAAAGAUGUAGACAUUACACUCCCAGAAACUGAAGUUGAACUCAAAGAUAUUGAAAUUAAACCACCAUCAGCUAAAGUGGAUAUUGAAGCGCCUGAGAUUGAUGUUCCUGAAGUGGAAAUCGAAGCUCCUAAGAUUGAAUUUCAACCAGGGGAUGUUGAAGUAUCUCCAUCAAAAUUUAAACGGCCAACAAUGAAAUUACCAAAAUUCUCAUUUAGAAAACAAAGUAGUCAAGAAUCAGACAAUGAUGUUCGUGCCCCAGAUUUAGAGAUCACGCAACCACAAGUGGAGUUUCACCCACCAGAAGUUGAUUUCAAAGUAAGUGGCCAGGAGAGCAAGUUUAAAAUGCCAAAGUUUGGCAUUUCCAUUCCAAAGAUAAAAAGUCCUGAUAUUGAUAUAAGUUUAUCACAAAAAGAUGGCAAUAUCACACUCCCAGAAGCCAAAGUUGACCUAAGACAUACGGAAAUUGAAUUACCAUCAGCUAAAGUGGAUAUUGAAGUGCCUGAUAUUGACGUUCCUGAGGUAGAAAUUGAAGCUCCUAAGAUUGAAGUUCAAACAGGUGGUGUUGAAGUGUCUCCAUCAAAAUUUAAACUGCCAACAAUGAAACUACCCAAAUUUGCAUUUAGAAAGCAAAGUAGCAAAGAGUCUGAUGUUGACAUUGGUCUCCCAGAUGUUGACGUUUCUAUUCCAGAAGGAAGUUUGGAGAUCACGAAACCACAAGUGGAGUUUCACCCACCAGAAGUUGAUGUCAAAAUAAGUGGCCAGGAGAGCAAAUUUAAAAUGCCAAAGUUUGGCAUUUCCAUACCAAAAAUAAAAAGUCCUGACAUUGAUAUAAGUUCAUCAAAGAAAUAUGGUGAUAUCACACUCCCAGAAGCUAAAGUUGACCUAAAAGAUACGGAAAUUGAACUACCAUCAGCUAAAGUAGAUAUUAAAGUGCCUGACAUUGAUGUUCCUGAAGUGGAAAUCAAAGCUCCUAAAAUUGAAAUUGAACCAAGGGAUGCUGAAGUAUCUCCAUCAAAAUUUAAACUGCCAACAAUGAAAUUACCAAAAUUCUCAUUUAGAAAGCAAAGUAGCCAAGAGUCAGACGUCGAUGUUGGUGCCCCAAAUGUUGAUAUUCCUAUUGCAGAAAGAAGUUUGGAGAUCACUCAACCACAACUGGAGUUUCGCCCACCAGAAGUUGAUGUCAAAAUAGGUGGCCAGGAGAGCAAGUUUAAAAUGCCAAAGUUCGGUAUCUCUAUGCCAAAAAUAAAAAGUCCUGACAUUGACAUAAGUUGGUCAAAGACGGAUAGAGAUAUUACAUUCCCAGAAGCUCAAGUCGCAGAUAUUGACAUUAAACUACCAUCAGUCAAAGUUGAUAUUGAAACGACUAAUGUUGAAGUUCAACCAGUUGAUGUUGAAGGAUCUCCAUCAAAAUUCAAACUUCCAACAAUGAAAUUACCCAAAUUGUCAUUUGGACAGCAAAGUACCAAGGAAUCAGACGUUGACAUUGGUCUCCCAGAUGUUGAUGUUUCUAUUCCAGAAGGAAGUUUGGAGAUCACGCAACCACAAAUAGAGUUUCACCCACCAGAAGUUGAUGUCAAAAUAAGUGGCCAGGAGAGCAAGUUCAAAAUGCCAAAUUUUGGAAUUUCAAUUCCAAAGAUAAAAAGUCCUGAUAUUGAUAUAAGUUUAUCAAAGAAAGAUGGCCAUAUCACAUUCCCAGAAGCUAAAGUUGAACUAAGAGAUACGGAAAUUGAAUUACCAUCAGCUAAAAUGGAUAUUAAAGCGCCUGAGAUUGACGUUCCUAAAGUGGAAAUUGAAGCCCCUAAGACUGAAGUUCAACCAGGGGGUGUUGAAAUAUCUCCAUCAAAAUUCAAACUGCCAACAAUGAAAUUACCCAAAUUCUCAUUUAGAAAGCAAAGUAGCCAAGAGACAGAUGUUGAGGUGGGUCUCCCUGAUGUUGACGUUUCUAUUCCAGAAGGAGGUUUGGAGAUGACUCAACCACAAGGGGAAUUUCAUCCACCAGAAGUUGAUGUCAAUAUAAGUGGCCAGGAGAGCAAGUUUAAAAUGCCAAAGUUUGGCAUUUCCAUUCCAAAAAUAAAAAGUCCUGACAUUGACAUAAGUUUAUCAAAGAAAUAUGGCGAUAUCACACUCCCAGAAGCUAAAAUUGACCUAAAAGAUAAAGAAGUUAAACUACCAUCAGCUAAAGUUGAAAUUGAAGCGCCUGAGGUUGAUGUUCCUGAAGUGGAAAUUGAAGCUCCUAAGAUUGAAGUUAAAUCAGGGAGUGUUGAAAUAUCUCCAUCAAAAUUCAAACUGCCAACAAUGAAAUUACCCAAAUUCUCAUUUAGAAAGCAAAGUAGCCAAGAGACAGACGUUGAGGUUAUACUCCCAGAUGUUGAUGUUUCUGUUCCAGAAGGAAGUCUGGAGAUCACACAACCAAAUGUGGAGUUUCAACCACCAGAAGUUGAUGUCAAAAUAGGUGACCAGGAGAGCAGGUUUAAAAUGCCAAAGUUUGGCAUUUCCAUUCCAAAAAUAAAAAGUCCCGACAUUGAUAUAGGUUUAUCAAAGAAAGAUGGCCAUAUCACACUCCCAGAAGCUAAAGUUGACCUAAGAGAUACGGAAAUUGAAUUACCAUCAGCUAAAGUGGAUAUUGAAGCGCCUGAGAUUGACGUUCCUGAAGUGGAAAUUGAACCUCCUAAGAGUGAAGUUCAACCAGGGGGUGUUGAAGUAUCUCCAUCAAAAUUCAAACUGCCAACAAUGAAACUACCCAAAUUUUCAUUUAGAAAGCAAAGUAGCCAAGAGACAGAUGUUGAGGUUGGUCUCCCGGAUGUUGAUGUUUCUAUUCCAGAAGGAAGUUUGGAGAUGACUCAACCACAAGUGGAAUUUCCACCACCAGAAGGUGAUGUCAGUAUAAGUGGCCAGGAGAGCAAGUUUAAAAUGCCAAAGUUUGGCAUUUCUAUGCCAAAAAUAAAAAGUCCUGACAUUGACAUAAGUUGGUCAAAGACGGAUAGAGAUAUUACAUUCCCAGAAGCUGAAGUCCCUGAUAUCGACAUUAAACUACCAUCAGCCAAAAUUGAUAUUGAAGCGACUAAUAUUGAAGUUCAACCAGGUGAUGUUGAAGGAUCUCCAUCAAAAUUCAAACUGCCAACGAUGAAAUUACCAAAAUUGUCAUUUGGAAAGCAAAGUAGCAAAGAAUUUGACAUUGACGUUGGUCUCCCAGAUGUUGAUGUUACUAUUCCGGAAGGAAGUUUGGAGAUCACGCAACCACAAAUGGAGUUUCACCCACCAGAAGUUGAUGUCAAAAUAAGUGGCAGGGAGAGCAAGUUUAAAAUGCCAAAGUUUGGCAUUUCUAUUCCAAAGAUAAAAAGUCCUGAUAUUGAUAUAAGUUUAUCUAAGAAAGAUGGCCAUAUAACAUUCCCAGAAGCUAAAGUUGACCUAAGGGAUACGGAAAUUGAAUUACCAUCAGCCAAAGUGGAUAUUGAAGCGCCUGAGAUUGACGUUCCUGAAGUGGAAAUUGAAGCUCCUAAGAUUGAAGUUAAACCAGGGAGUGUUGAAGUAUCUCCAUCAAAAUUCAAACUGCCAACAAUGAAAUUACCCAAAUUCUCAUUUAGAAAGCAAAGUAGCCAAGAGACAGAUGUUGAAGUUGGUCUCCCAGAUGUUGAUGUUUCUGUUCCAGAAGGAAGUCUGGAGAUCACACAACCAAAUGUGGAGUUUCAACCACCAGAAGUUGAUGUCAAAAUAGGUGACCAGGAGAGCAAGUUUAAAAUGCCAAAGUUUGGCAUUUCCAUUCCAAAAAUAAAAAGUCCCGACAUUGAUAUAGGUUUAUCAAAGAAAGAUGGCCAUAUCACAUUCCCAGAAGCUAAAGUUGACCUAAGAGAUAAGGAAAUUGAAUUACCAUCAGCUAAAGUGGAUAUUGAAGCGCCUGAGAUUGAUGUUCCUGAAGUGGAAAUUGAAGCUCCUAAGAUUGAAGUUCAAACAGGGGGUGUUGAAGUAUCUCCAUCAAAAUUCAAACUGCCAACAAUGAAACUACCCAAAUUUUCAUUUAGAAAGCAAAGUAGCCAAGAGACAGAUGUUGAAGUUGGUCUCCCGGAUGUUGAUGUUUCUAUUCCAGAAGGAAGUUUGGAGAUCACUCAACCACAAGUGGAAUUUCCACCACCAGAUGGUGAUGUCGAUAUAAGUGGCCAGGAGAGCAAGUUUAAAAUGCCAAAGUUUGGCAUUUCUAUGCCAAAAAUAAAAAGUCCUGACAUUGACAUAAGUUGGUCAAAGACGGAUAGAGAUAUUACAUUCCCAGUAGCUGAAGUCCCUGAUAUCGACAUUAAACUACCAUCAGCCAAAAUUGAUAUUGAAGCGACUAAUAUUGAAGUUCAACCAGGUGAUGUUGAAGGAUCUCCAUCAAAAUUCAAACUGCCAACGAUGAAAUUACCAAAAUUGUCAUUUGGAAAGCAAAGUAGCAAAGAAUUUGACAUUGACGUUGGUCUCCCAGAUGUUGAUGUUACUAUUCCGGAAGGAAGUUUGGAGAUCACGCAACCACAAAUGGAGUUUCACCCACCAGAAGUUGAUGUCAAAAUAAGUGGCAGGGAGAGCAAGUUUAAAAUGCCAAAGUUUGGUAUUUCUAUUCCAAAGAUAAAAAGUCCUGAUAUUGAUAUAAGUUUAUCUAAGAAAGAUGGCCAUAUAACAUUCCCAGAAGCUAAAGUUGACCUAAGGGAUACGGAAAUUGAAUUACCAUCAGCUAAAGUGGAUAUUGAAGCGCCUGAGAUUGACGUUCCUGAAGUAGAAAUUGAAGCUCCUAAGAUUGAAGUUAAACCAGGGAGUGUUGAAGUAUCUCCAUCAAAAUUCAAACUGCCAACAAUGAAAUUACCCAAAUUCUCAUUUAGAAAGCAAAGUAGCCAAGAGACAGACGUUGAGGUUAUACUCCCAGAUGUUGAUGUUUCUGUUCCAGAAGGAAGUCUGGAGAUCACACAACCCAAUGUUGAGUUUCAACCACCAGAAGUUGAUGUCAAAAUAGGUGACCAGGAGAGCAGGUUUAAAAUGCCAAAGUUUGGCAUUUCCAUUCCAAAAAUAAAAAGUCCCGACAUUGAUAUAGGUUUAUCAAAGAAAGAUGGCCAUAUCACAUUCCCAGAAGCUAAAGUUGACCUAAGAGAUACGGAAAUUGAAUUACCAUCAGCUAAAGUGGAUAUUGAAGCGCCUGAGAUUGACGUUCCUGAAGUGGAAAUUGAAGCUCCUAAGAUUGAAGUUCAACCAGGGGGUGUUGAAGUAUCUCCAUCAAAAUUCAAACUGCCAACAAUGAAACUACCCAAAUUUUCAUUUAGAAAGCAAAGUAGCCAAGAGACAGAUGUUGAAGUUGGUCUCCCGGAUGUUGAUGUUUCUAUUCCAGAAGGAAGUUUGGAGAUCACUCAACCACAAGUGGAAUUUUCACCACCCGAUGGUGAUGUCGAUAUAAGUGGCCAGGAGAGCAAGUUUAAAAUGCCAAAGUUUGGCAUUUCUAUGCCAAAAAUAAAAAGUCCUGACAUUGACAUAAGUUGGUCAAAGACGGAUAGAGAUAUUACAUUCCCAGAAGCUGAAGUCCCUGAUAUCGACAUUAAACUACCAUCAGCCAAAAUUGAUAUUGAAGCGACUAAUAUUGAAGUUCAACCAGGUGAUGUUGAAGGAUCUCCAUCAAAAUUCAAACUGUCAACCAUGAAAUUACCAAAAUUGUCAUUUGGAAAGCAAAGUAGCAAAGAAUUUGACGUUGACGUUGGUCUCCCAGAUGUUGAUGUUACCAUUCCAGAAGGAAGUUUGGAGAUCACGCAACCACAAAUGGAGUUCCACCCACCAGAAGUUGAUGUCAAAAUAAGUGGCAGGGAGAGCAAGUUUAAAAUGCCAAAGUUUGGCAUUUCUAUUCCUAAGAUAAAAAGUCCUGAUAUUGAUAUAAGUUUAUCUAAGAAAGAUGGCCAUAUCACAUUCCCAGAAGCUAAAGUUGACCUAAGGGAUACGGAAAUUGAAUUACCAUCAGCUACAGUGGAUAUUGAAGCGCCGGAGAUUGACGUUCCUGAAGUGGAAAUUGAAGCCCCUAAGAUUGAAGUUAAACCAGGGAGUGUUGAAGUAUCUCCAUCGAAAUUCAAACUGCCAACAAUGAAAUUACCCAAAUUCUCAUUUAGAAAGCAAAGUAGCCAAGAGACAGAUGUUGAGGUUGGUCUCCCGGAUGUUGAUGUUUCUAUUCCAGAAGGAAGUUUGGAGAUGACUCAACCACAAGUGGAAUUUCCACCACCAGAAGGUGAUGUCAGUAUAAGUGGCCAGGAGAGCAAGUUUAAAAUGCCAAAGUUUGGCAUUUCUAUGCCAAAAAUAAAAAGUCCUGAUAUUGACAUAAGUUGGUCAAAGACAGAUAGAGAUAUUACAUUCCCAGAAGCUGAAGUCCCUGAUAUCGACAUUAAACUACCAUCAGCCAAAAUUGAUAUUGAAGCGACUAAUAUUGAAGCUCAACCAGGUGAUGUUGAAGGAUCUCCAUCAAAAUUCAAACUGCCAACGAUGAAAUUACCAAAAUUGUCAUUUGGAAAGCAAAGUAGCAAAGAAUUUGACAUUGACGUUGGUCUCCCAGAUGUUGAUGUUACUAUUCCAGAAAGAAGUUUGGAGAUUACGCAACCACAAAUGGAGUUUCACCCACCAGAAGUUGAUGUCAAAAUAAGUGGCAGGGAGAGCAAGUUUAAAAUGCCAAAGUUUGGCAUUUCUAUUCCAAAGAUAAAAAGUCCUGAUAUUGAUAUAAGUUUAUCUAAGAAAGAUGGCCAUAUAACAUUCCCAGAAGCUAAAGUUGACCUAAGGGAUACGGAAAUUGAAUUACCAUCAGCUACAGUGGAUAUUGAAGUGCCUGAGAUUGACGUUCCUGAAGUGGAAAUUGAAGCUCCUAAGAUCGAAGUUAAAUCAGGGAGUGUUGAAGUAUCUCCAUCAAAAUUCAAACUGCCAACAAUGAAAUUACCCAAAUUCUCAUUUAGGAAGCAAAGUAGCCAAGAGACAGACGUUGAGGUUAUACUCCCAGAUGUUGAUGUUUCUGUUCCAGAAGGAAGUCUGGAGAUCACACAACCAAAUGUGGAGUUUCAACCACCAGAAGUUGAUGUCAAAAUAGGUGACCAGGAGAGCAAGUUUAAAAUGCCAAAGUUUGGCAUUUCCAUUCCAAAAAUAAAAAGUCCCGACAUUGAUAUAAGUUUAUCAAAGAAAGAUGGCCAUAUCACAUUCCCAGAAGCUAAAGUUGACCUAAGAGAUACGGAAAUUGAAUUACCAUCAGCUAAAGUGGAUAUUGAAGCGCCUGAGAUUGACGUUCCUGAAGUGGAAAUUGAACCUCCUAAGAGUGAAGUUCAACCAGGGGGUGUUGAAGUAUCUCCAUCAAAAUUCAAACUGCCAACAAUGAAACUACCCAAAUUUUCAUUUAGAAAGCAAAGUAGCCAAGAGACGGAUGUUGAGGUUGGUCUCCCGGAUGUUGAUGUUUCUAUUCCAGAAGGAAGUUUGGAGAUGACUCAACCACAAGUGGAAUUUCCACCACCAGAAGGUGAUGUCAAUAUAGGUGGCCAGGAGAGCAAGUUUAAAAUGCCAAAGUUUGGCAUUUCUAUGCCAAAAAUAAAAAGUCCUGAUAUUGACAUAAGUUGGUCAAAGACGGAUAGAGAUAUUACAUGCCCAGAAGCUGAAGUCCCUGAUAUCGACAUUAAACUACCAUCAGCCAAAAUUGAUAUUGAAGCGACUAAUAUUGAAGUUCAACCAGGUGAUGUUGAAGGAUCGCCAUCAAAAUUCAAACUGCCAACCAUGAAAUUACCAAAAUUGUCAUUUGGAAAGCAAAGUAGCAAAGAAUUUGACAUUGAUGUUGGUCUCCCAGAUGUUGAUGUUACUAUUCCAGAAGGAAGUUUGGAGAUCACGCAACCACAAAUGGAGUUUCACCCACCAGAAGUUGAUGUCAAAAUAAGUGGCAGGGAGAGCCAGUUUAAAAUGCCAAAGUUUGGCAUUUCUAUUCCAAAGAUAAAAAGUCCUGAUAUUGAUAUAAGUUUAUCUAAGAAAGAUGGCCAUAUAACAUUCCCAGAAGCUAAAGUUGACCCAAGGGAUACGGAAAUUGAAAUACCAUCAGCUAAAGUGGAUAUUGAAGCGCCUGAGAUUGACGUUCCUGAAGUGGAAAUUGAAGCUCCUAAGAUUGAAUUUAAACCAGGUAGUGUUGAAGUAUCUCCAUCAAAAUUCAAACUGCCAACAAUGAAAUUACCCAAAUUCUCAUUUAGAAAGCAAAGUAGCCAAGAGACAGACGUUGAGGUUAUACUCCCAGAUGUUGAUGUUUCUGUUCCAGAAGGAAGUUUGGAGAUCACACAACCAAAUGUGGAGUUUCAACCACCAGAAGGUGAUGUCAAAAUAGGUGACCAGGAGAGCAGGUUUAAAAUGCCAAAGUUUGGCAUUUCCAUUCCAAAAAUAAAAAGUCCCGACAUUGAUAUAGGUUUAUCAAAGAAAGAUGGCCAUAUCACAUUCCCAGAAGCUAAAGUUGACCUAAGAGAUACGGAAAUUGAAUUACCGACAGCUAAAGUGGAUAUUGAAGCGCCUGAGAUUGACGUUCCUGAAGUGGAAAUUGAAGCUCCUAAGAUUGAAGUUCAACUAGGGGGUGUUGAAGUAUCUCCAUCAAAAUUCAAACUGCCAACAAUGAAACUACCCAAAUUUUCAUUUAGAAAGCAAAGUAGCCAAGAGACAGAUGUUGAGGUUGGUCUCCCGGAUGUUGAUGUUUCUAUUCCAGAAGGAAGUUUGGAGAUGACUCAACCACAAGUGGAGUUUCCACCACCAGAAGGUGAUGUCAGUAUAAGUGGCCAGGAGAGCAAGUUUAAAAUGCCAAAGUUUGGCAUUUCUAUGCCAAAAAUAAAAAGUCCUGACAUUGACAUAAGUUGGUCAAAGACGGAUAGAGAUAUUACAUUCCCAGAAGCUGAAGUCCCUGAUAGCGACAUUAAACUACCAUCAGCCAAAAUUGAUAUUGAAGCGACUAAUAUUGAAGUUCAACCAGGUGAUGUUGAAGGAUCUCCAUCAAAAUUCAAACUGCCAACGAUGAAAUUACCAAAAUUGUCAUUUGGAACGCAAAGUAGCAAAGAAUUUGACGUUGACGUUGGUCUCCCAGAUGUUGAUGUUAAUAUUCCAGAAGGAAGUUUGGAGAUCACGCAACCACAAAUGGAGUUUCGCCCACCAGAAGUUGAUGUCAAAAUAAGUGGCAGGGAGAGCAAGUUUAAAAUGCCAAAGUUUGGCAUUUCUAUUCCAAAGAUAAAAAGUCCUGAUAUUGAUAUAAGUUUAUCUAAGAAAGAUGGCCAUAUACCAUUCCCAGAAGCUAAAGUUGACCUAAGGGAUACGGAAAUUGAAUUACCAUCAGCUACAGUGGAUAUUGAAGCGCCUGAGAUUGACGUUCCUGAAGUGGAAAUUGAAGCUCCUAAGAUUGAAGUUAAACCAGGUAGUGUUGAAGUAUCUCCAUCAAAAUUCAAACUGCCAACAAUGAAAUUACCCAAAUUCUCAUUUAGAAAGCAAAGUAGCCAAGAGACAGACGUUGAGGUUAUACUCCCAGAUGUUGAUGUUUCUGUUCCAGAAGGAAGUCUGGAGAUCACACAACCAAAUGUGGAGUUUCAACCACCAGAAGUUGAUGUCAAAAUAGGUGACCAGGAGAGCAGGUUUAAAAUGCCAAAGUUUGGCAUUUCCAUUCCAAAAAUAAAAAGUCCCGACAUUGAUAUAGGUUUAUCAAAGAAAGAUGGCCAUAUCACACUCCCAGAAGCUAAAGUUGACCUAAGAGAUACGGAAAUUGAAUUACCAUCAGCUAAAGUGGAUAUUGAAGCGCCUGAGAUUGACGUUCCUGAAGUGGAAAUUGAAGCUCCAAAGAUUGAAGUUCAACCAGGGGGUGUUGAAGUAUCUCCAUCAAAAUUCAAACUGCCAACAAUGAAACUACCCAAAUUUUCAUUUAGAAAGCAAAGUAGCCAAGAGACGGAUGUUGAGGUUGGUCUCCCGAAUGUUGAUGUUUCUAUUCCAGAAGGAAGUUUGGAGAUGACUCAACCACAAGUGGAGUUUCCACCACCAGAAGGUGAUGUCAAUAUAGGUGGCCAGGAGAGCAAGUUUAAAAUGCCAAAGUUUGGCAUUUCUAUGCCAAAAAUAAAAAGUCCUGACAUUGAUAUAAGUUUGUCAAAGAAGAACAGAGAUAUUAACUUCCCAGAAGCUGAAGUCGGCGAUAUUGACAUUAAACUACAAUCAGUCAAAUUUGAUAUUGAAAAGACUGAUGUUGAAGUUCAACCAGGUGAUGUUGAAGGGUCUCCAUCAAAAUUCAAACCGCCAUCAAUGAAUUUACCCAAAUUGUCAUUUGGAAAGCAAAGUAGCAAAGAGUUUGAAAUUGAUCUUGCUCUCCCAGAUGUUGAUGUUUCUAUUCCAGAAGGAAGUUUGGAGAUCACGCAACCACAAGUAGAGUUUCACCCACCAGAAGUUGAUGUCAAAGUAGGUGGCCAGGAGAGCAAAUUUAAAAUGCCAAAGUUUGGCAUUUCCAUGCCAAAAAUAAAAAGUCCUGACAUUGAUAUAAGCUUAUCAACAAAAGAUGGAGACAUUACACGCCCAAAAACUGAAGUUGAGCUCAGAGAUAUUGAAAUUAAAUUACCAUCAGCUAAAGUGGAUAUUGAAGAGGCUAAAAUUGAUGUUCCUGACGUGGAAAUUGAAGCUCCUAAGAUUGAAGUUCAAUCAGGUGGUGUUGAAGUAUCUCCAUCAAAAUUUAAACUGCCAACAAUGAAAUUACCCAUAUUCUCAUUUCGAAAGCAAAGUAGCAAAGAGACAGACGUUGAGGUUGGUCUCCCAGAUGUUGAUUUUUCUAUUCCAGAAGGAAGUUUGGAGAUCACGCAACCACAAGUAGAGUUUCAUCCACCAGAAGUUGAUGUCAAAGUAGGUGGCCAGGAGAGCAAAUUUAAAAUGCCAGAGUUUGGUAUGUCUAUGCCAAAAAUAAAAAGUCCUGACAUUGAUAUAAGUUUAUCAAAGAAGGACAGAGAUAUUACCUUUCCAGAAGCUGAAGUCGCCGAUAUUGACAUUAAACUACCAUCAGCCAAAGUUGAUAUUGAAACGACUAAUGUUGAAGUUCAACCAGGUGAUGUUGAAGGGUCUCCAUCAAAAUUCAAACUGCCAACGAUGAAGUUACCCAAAUUGACAUUCGGAAAGCAAAGUAGCAAAGAGUUUGACGUUGGCGUUGGUCUCACAGAUGUUGAUGUUUCUAUCCCAGAAGGAAGUUUGGAGAUCACACAACCUCAAGUAGAGUUUCACCCACCAGAAGUUGAUGUAAAAGUAGGUGGCCAGGAGAGCAAGUUUAAAAUGCCAAAGUUUGGCAUUUCAAUGCCAAAAAUAAAAAGUCCUGACAUUGACAUAAGCUUAUCUACGAAAGAUGGAGGUAUCACACUCACAGAAGCUGAAGUUGACCUUAGAGAUACGGAAAUUAAAUUACCAUCAGCUAAAGUGGAUAUUGAAGCGCCUGUGAUUGACGUUCCUGAAGUGGAAAUUGAAGGACCUAAAAUUGAAAUUCUACCAGGUGAUGUUAAAGUUUCUCCAUCAAAAUUUAAACUUCCAACAAUGAAAUUACCCAAAUUGUCAUUUAAAAAGCAAAGUAACAAAGAGUUUGACGUUGACGUUGGUCUCUCAGAUGUCGAUGUUUCUAUUCCAGAAGGAAAUUUGGAGAUCACGCAACCACAAGUAGAGUUUCACCCACCAGAAGUUGAUGUCAAAGUAGGUGGCCAGGAGAGCAAGUUUAAAAUGCCAAAGUUUGGCAUUUCCAUGCCAAAAAUAAAAAGUCCUGACAUUGAUAUAAGCUUAUCAAAGAAAGAUGGAGAUAUCACACUUCCAGAAGCUGAAGUUGACCUUAGAGAUACGGAAAUUACACUACCAUCAGCUAAAGUGGAUAUUGAAGCGCCUGAGAUUGACGUUCCUGAAGUAGAAAUUGAAGGACCUAAGAUUGAAGUUCAACCAGGUGAUAUUAAAGUAUCUCCAUCAAAAUUUAAACUUCCAACUAUGAAAUUACCCAAAUUGUCAUUUGGAAAGCAAAGUAACAAAGAGUUUGACGUUGACGUUGGUCUCCCAGAAGUUGAUGUUCCUAUGCCAGAAGGAAGUUUGGAGAUCACGCAACCACAAGUAGAGUUUCACCCACCAGAAGUUGAUGUCAAAGUAGGUGGCCAGGAAAGCAAGUUUAAAAUGCCAAAGUUUGGCAUUUCCAUGCCAAAAAUAAAAAGUCCUGACAUUGAUAUAAGCUUAUCAACGAAAGAUGGAGAGAUCACACUCCCAGAAGCUAAAGUUGACCUCAGAGAUACGGAAAUUAAAUUACCAUCAGCUAAAGUGAAUAUUGAAGCGCCUGAGAUUGAUGUUCCUGAAGUGGAAAUUGAAGGCCCUAAGAUUGAAGUUCAACCAGGUGAUAUUAAAGUAUCUCCAUCAAAAUUCAAACUGCCAACAAUGGAAUUGCCCAAAUUGUCAUUUGGAAAGCAAAGUAGCAAAGAGUUUGACGUUGGCGUUGGUCUCCCAGAUGUUGAUGUUUCUAUUCCAGAAGGAAGUUUGGAGAUCACGCAACCACAAGUAGAGUUUCACCCACCAGAAGUUGAUGUCAAAGUAGGUGGCCAGGAGAGCAAGUUUAAAAUGCCAAAGUUUGGCAUUUCCAUGCCAAAAAUAAAAAGUCCUGACAUUGAUAUAAGCUUAUCAAAGAAAGAUGGAGAUAUCACACUUCCAGAAGCUGAAGUUGACCUUAGAGAUAUAGAAAUUAAACUACCAUCAGCUAAAGUGGAUUUUGAAGUGCCUGACAUUGACGUUCCUGAAGUGGAAAUUGAAGGACCUAAAAUUGAAAUUCUACCAGGUGAUGUUAAAGUUUCUCCAUCAAAAUUUAAACUUCCAACAAUGAAAUUACCCAAAUUGUCAUUUAAAAAGCAAAGUAGCAAAGAGUUUGACGUUGACGUUGGUCUCUCAGAUGUCGAUGUUUCUAUUCCAGAAGGAAGUUUGGAGAUCACGCAACCACAAGUAGAGUUUCACCCACCAGAAGUUGAUGUCAAAGUAGGUGGCCAGGAGAGCAAGUUUAAAAUGCCAAAGUUUGGCAUUUCCAUGCCAAAAAUAAAAAGUCCUGACAUUGAUAUAAGCUUAUCAAAGAAAGAUGGAGAUAUCACACUUCCAGAAGCUGAAGUUGACCUUAGAGAUACGGAAAUUACACUACCAUCAGCUAAAGUGGAUAUUGAAGCGCCUGAGAUUGACGUUCCUGAAGUAGAAAUUGAAGGACCUAAGAUUGAAGUUCAACCAGGUGAUAUUAAAGUAUCUCCAUCAAAAUUUAAACUUCCAACAAUGAAAUUACCCAAAUUGUCAUUUGGAAAGCAAAGUAACAAAGAGUUUGACGUUGACGUUGGUCUCCCAGAUGUUGAUGUUUCUAUCCCAGAAGGAAGUUUGGAGAUCACGCAACCACAAGUAGAGUUUCACCCACCAGAAGUUGAUGUCAAAGUAGGUGGCCAGGAAAGCAAGUUUAAAAUGCCAAAGUUUGGCAUUUCCAUGCCAAAAAUAAAAAGUCCUGACUUUGAUACAAGCUUAUCAACGAAGGAUGGAGAUAUCACACUCCCAGAAGCUGAAUAUGACCUAAGUGAUAUCGAAAUUAAACAACCAUCACCUACAGUGGAAUUUGCAUCUCCAAAAGUUGACGUUCAAAUAAGUCAUGUUGAAAGUUCGUUAUCAAAAUGUAAAUCCCCAUCUUUUACAUUACCUAAAUUCGGAGGCUCGCUAUCAAAGAUUAGUGUUGAAGCACCUGGUGUGAGCAAAGAUCUUGAAAUUGAUGUCAAACAUGUAGAAAUAUCUGAAGACGAUGCUACAGUCGUUGUUAUAGCACCCAGCACUGAUAUUGAAGGCAUGUCUACACAAGGGGAAUCAGAAGGAUCCAGACACAAGUCAGAUGUUGAUUCUGUAAUCAAAUUAGAGGUCAAAUUAGACUCAUCUCAAGCCAGAGUAACGGAUUCUCAAAGUGUCAACACUGAGAUUGAUGAUGUUAGCCCCACCUCUCCAAGUAAAUUCAAACUUCCAACAUUUAAAAUGCCAAAGAUGGCUUUUUCAAGACAAAAGCCAGAAGGAGAAUGUGUUUCCUUAGACACAGAUGAUAAAGACAAUCAACUAGAGAUGAAAGCUGAACUGAAUGGGCACAGUAAAUCCCCACAAGCCACUCCAACACUACUUGGUGGUAUACUAAAGAAUUUUGAAGUUGAAUUUGAUGUUGCAAAAAUAGAAAAAAAGUAUGAACAUCAAGUCGCAUCAAGGCAGGUUCAAGAAGAAGAAAAACUGCAAGGACUACAAACUACAACAAGUCCUGAGAAGACAGGGUGGUUUAGAUUUCCAACAUUUGGGCUCUCCUCACCUUUGGAACCUGCCAAAACUCCUCAAAAAGACCAGAAGGAUCAGAUGAGCCCAACAGGAGAACAAGAAGAAAUUAGCCACACCUCUUCUGUCCUAUCGUCCAACGUCUUUGCUGAUAUCAGCUCAACGAUGACUAGUGAGCAUGUUGUCAUGUCCUCAUCAUCCCCAACCAAGGUCACAGUCAAAUAUUCUGAUCCCAAUUUCUCUCCUGAUUUCGAAGAGAUGCACGAUAACAUCCUUACUUCCACCACAAGGUCAGAGCUGAUAAGGAUUGAGCCAAACUUACCAGAAAAAAUCACCAUCUCGUCAUCUGAGUUCUCGUCGUCAUCUGAAGAAACAGUGAGACUGCCAUCGGGAAAAAUACACGUCUUUACCUCAAAUAUACAUGCAUCCCCAGAAGCACAGCGGACCAAGCUUCUUUCCACUGUCCAAACAGCCGGGGAGACCAGCCAGGCUUCUUCGUGGACUGUCGAGAGUUCUCAGAGUAGCACGAGAACUGUAUCACAGAAAAGAAUAAUUCGGGAAACGUCGCAUGAAAGCAAAGAGACGGUCGUUAUUACUAAACAAAUCACAAAAACAUUUGACCCGAAAGAGCUCUUCACUGACGAAACUGCUUCAUCCGUCCAGAGACUCAGAGACUCUGUUCACUCUGAGAAAAUAAGAUUUUUUGACAGUCUUGAGAAGUGAAAUACUUUCAUGAAAAGUGCAAGUGUGGAGCUGCUUAUAUAAAAUGUCCUGGGCCCAGUUACAAAUAAUAACAGAGAGAACAAUUGUGGCGAGAAUGUUUAAUUGAGGGCAGGUAUUAACUUUCACUUUAGCCGCAUGUUUUUUUGUCUAGAGAAAGACAAAAGUAAUGUUGUCCACAAAGAAAAUGUGACACAAAUGUUAAUAAGCUAUGUAUCUAAGAGUCUUAUGACAGUGCCUCCCCAAAUAUGCUUAAACGUGGUACAGAAAACGUGUAAACGUUUAAGUAUCGCAGUUGAGUUCGAACAUUAUGGGGUGUAUACCAAUGGUGCAUCAUUUUGGGAAGUUAAACAAUGGCAAAAAUUAAUGUGUAUGAUGAUUUCUAAAAGAAGAUCAUAGAGACUACAACAGUGCAGUGUAUGGCAUCAAAAAUGUGUGUAUGUUUGUGUGUCUGCUGAGGUGUUCUUGUGGCUGCCGUUCAAUUGUGAAGGAAACAAUAUCUGAAAAAAGUUAGGAUGACAAAAAGUGUACCACUGUAACUAUAUUUUUUAUUAAUAGAUUUGCUUAAAGCCUAAUUUGCUACAGUAAACAACUAUCAGCAGUACAUUCUCAUUCAGUGUAAAUGAUGACUAAGCUAGUGCCUGUGUAAAUAGCUUUUAAUGACCUCUGGAGCAUCGCCGCAUCAUUUGUAUCCAGACGAUUUCAUGUGCUUUAACGCCAAAUGUUCGCAAGACAUGCACAAUAAAGACAUAAUAUAACAAGCCAAUCAAUGUCUGUGAUUGAUGACUUACCAGAGAUUCUUGAACAUCUGAUAAGCUUUAAGGUCAGGGCUCCAGUCAUGCUCUACCACAGCAAACCCCUCCAAGCAUGCCUUUAUGGGACCUACCAGCAGGCACAAGACAUUGAAACAAUGUUGAUUAUAUGUACAUGUCCUUUAAAACUGACUUGGAAACAACGUUGCAAAAUAGUUGUAUUUGUAAAUUGAGACAAUGUCUGUGUCUAACGUUGGAUUCAUGUUGUUGGUUUGGAAAUUACUAAAUUUCAAUGGUCAAAUCAACGUCGCAACCUGACAUUGAAUAAAAGCAUGUUGUUUCAAAGUUGUAUUUGUGUUGUAGAACAUCAGUUGGGAAAUGACCACACUUCAAUGGUGAAAUCAACAUCAGAACCCAACAUUGAAUGAACGUCAAAUAGCGUGUUUCAACGUUGUAUUUGUGUUGUAGAAUAUUGGUUGGGAGACGACCAAAUUUCAAUGGUCAAUUCAACACCACAACCUGACAUUGAACAUGACUUGACUUGACUUUAUUAAUUCAUGCUUGCA